AUGGCUGAACACAUAUUCUCGACCAAUUCCAACAAGGGCCUUGGCCUAUCUUUUGGUGACAAGACCUCGUCUUCACUCUUGUCUUCACAAUCACCAGCACCGAGUCUCUCCUGUCAAAUCCUGGACAUUUUCCUCGAGCGUGCUCUCAACAAAUUCAAUGACUCCGAGGAAAGAGUCGCAGCAGGUAUCGAGAACUUUUUGUCCACUAUCAACCGAUACGUCUCAGCAGGCCGACAGAUCGAAGCUUGUCUACCAGCAUUUCCGUUCAAAUCCGCCAAUCACGUGUACAAGGUACUCGGUAAUCUGCCCGACAAAGCAGAAGAGUUGGCCCUCGAUGGACUAAACAACAUAUGUCUGCGAAUCAAAGCAAUAUACAGUCCAGGCGCAAGAAUCACGAUCAUUUCAGAUGGAAUAACAUACAAUGACCUGUUGUCGAUCUCGGACCGCGACACUUGGGCUUACGGUGAGGCCCUUCGCAAGAUGGCAACCGAUAGAGGGUUCAAGCACCUUAUCUUUUCCCGAAUGAAAGACCUGUUGGACUUCCCGCUGCCAGAUAAGCUCCGAGAGAUCACUUACGUCGCAAACUGUACACAAUUUCGAAGACUACUCCUCAACAAAUACGGCGACGAUACCCUGGAUGUCGAUAAACUGAUCGCUAAUGAUCAAGACACGAAGUUGACGUAUUUGGGAUAUCGCAAGUUUCUUGAAUCCGACCUGAAGCACAUCUUCCCACUUUCACAAAAUUUGAGCAGCAAUGGUUACAAAAGAGACGUGAAGUAUCUUGCCAAGCAAAUGCUUCUUCGUGGAUACGCAUUUGCUGCAGCUGUAAAGAACGCCUACCCCGACUACUUGAGGCUAUCUAUCCACGAGUCCUUGGGUGAGCACAAGGUAUCCAUCAGCCUGCUCAAUACAAAGACUGGCUACACCACUCCAUGGCAUUGUAGUGUUGCCCUACUGGCUAAUGGAGAGUGGGUUAGUGCCCCAAAAGGAGAAUUCCAGAAAGACGAGCGAUUGACGCUGGCGUAUCAAGAUGAUCGCCCCAGUCAUUUUGUGGAGAGAGCACCUGAGCCCGGAACAAAAGGGAUCAUCGAAUCUUCAGCAAUCUAUCUUCAGCCGAAGAAACGCUUCAAUGGCACUGGAAGCGGAUAUUCUUCGCCAAGAACACCUCUACUACAAAGCGGGUCUUCGACACCAUACGAGCGGUCCCCGAGGUCAAGUUCUAUGACCCCACCCUCUCCUUCGUCUAUGGAUGAUGAAAGCCCAAAAGACUUCCCGGGUACGAGUCAUGACCCGGACACCGGUGAGAGCUUUGGCAAAAGACUCAUUCCCUGCAUCCUGGAUAGCUUAGCAAAGGCCCAGCCAGACCGGAUUCUGUUCUCACUCGCGCAGACCUCGGGUCAGUCACUCAAAUUUCGAACGGUCUCCGCAAGGCAGUUUGUAAAGGCAAUCGACAAAACAGCAUGGUGGCUCCAUCGUCAGGUCGGACAAUCGGCUGUCAUUCGACCAGUCGGGUACAUUGGCCCACAUGAUCUCCGGCACAUUCUGUUGACUCACGCUUGUGUCAAAGUUGGCUACGCUGCACUAUAUCUGUCUCCGAAGAAUAGUACAGCUGGCGCUUUGGCUGUCUUGGAGGCGACUGAGUGUGACACAUGGGUGAAAGCUGGAGAGACACCAACCGUACCUCUUGUCAAGGAUCUGUUGCAAGCGCGGUCGAUGAAGCUGUUGGAACUUCCGCUGUUGGACGAGCUUCUUGAUGCUGAAGACGCCGAUCCUUAUCCGUACACUAAACCUUUCGAAGAAGCCGUCAACGACCCAUUUUGUUUUCUACAUACGUCUGGAUCUACUGGUGUGCCAAAACCUAUUCCGUGGUCACAUGGCUUGAUUGGUACCAUGGAUGCAAUACGCUCUCUGCCACCAACAGAAGGUGACGGGGGUCUUUUGCCUUGGACGACAAAUUGGAACUCUGGGGACAGGAUUUAUUCAUCCUUCCCAAUGUGUCAUGGGGCCGGGAUCAUCAUGAAUAUCCUCCUCCCUGCAUUAUUUGAUCUCCACUGCAUACUAGGCCCACCCGAUGUUGUUCCAAACGUAAAUCUCAUAGAGACUCUUGCAUUGAACGCGAAGAUAGAUAUCUGGAGCAUGAUACCGUCUCUUGUUGACGAGCUGGGCGACACUCCUGAAGUCUUGGAGACUCUCAGACCUUCGAAAUUCAUAUGUGCUUCUGGAGGCCCUGUGUCCCCAAUUAGCUCCGGAAGAGUGAACGAUGUAAUACGAGUUCUGAAUCUCACAGGCACAACCGAAGGCUUGUUCAUCGGCAACCUUCUCGUUCCACGAGAAGACUGGUUCUGGUUUGCAUUCCAUCCAUACUCUGGAUUCGAAUUCAAAGAGCUGGACAGUGAUACCUACGAACACUGGGUUCACCGCAACGAGCACGCAUCGUUGUUCCAGGGCAUAUUCCACACUUUUCCCAACGAGGACUCGAUCAACUUCAAAGAUCUCUACACGCGACACCCUACCAAGCCAAACCUCUGGGCGUUCAAAGGGAGAAACGAUGAUCUCAUUGUUCUAUCCAAUGGAUACAAAAUUCUGCCUCUGGAAACCGAGGCGUUCAUCUCCCAGCACCCAGCAAUUAAAGGCUGCCUGGUGUACGGCAGCAACCGACCCCAAGCAGGCCUACUAAUUGAACUGAAAGAGCCUUCUCAGAAAUCUGACGAGUUGUUCGAAAGUAUCUGGGCUGUCGUGGAGAAGGCGAAUUCAAUGUCCCGCCACACAAAUCAGCUUCUGAGAGACUUUAUAACUUUCGCAGAAGUGGAAAGGCCUUUCGUGCGAACUGAUAAGGGAACUGUGAAACGACAUGCCACCAUGAAGCUGUACGCUGAGUUCAUCGACCGUUUCUACAGUUCGCGAAACGAUGAGACAGAAUUCACCGUGGAUGUUAGUUCGAGAGCUUCCAUUGUGGAGUCAAUUCGUAACAUCUUGGAGUUCUCAACACCAGGCAUUCAGCGUGCUUCGUUCGAUGACGAUCUUUUCUCGUUUGGACUAGACUCACUUGGUGUCUUCGCAGUCGUCAAGGCACUGCGUGCAGCGAUCAAGGGAUUAGAUCAACUCGCUCCGCGUCAUCUCUAUGCGAAUCCUACGCUUCACAAAUUUUCUGCCCUUCUUACGACCUUUAUAUCAAAGACGAAGGAAAACGACCAAGUUUCCCAAACGAGUAGUGAUUCGAAGAUGCAACAACUGAUUGCACGACAUAGAGCACAUCAAUCAUUCAGACUCAAUGCCUUCGACUAUGUCAAUCCAAACCAUUACAUGGGGCUAGUGUUCUACAUCCCACUCCAAGAGGGAGUAACGUUUGAAGCGGCAUUUGAAAACCUGCAAGGGGGCCUCAGACUAACGAUGGACCUCAUACCAGCCCUUGGAGGCAAGAUGAUGGCUUGUUCCAAGGAUGAGGUAGAAAAUUUCGAAGGCGAGCUAUGCGUAGCUAUUCCCCCCAUAUCAGCACCAAAGCGCGACAUACUGGGUUUUAAGGAUCUCUCGAAAGAUCUUCCUUCGUUUGACACGUUGCGAGAGGGUGGGUUUGUUCCCUCUGCCUUCAAAGACGAGAUGGUCCUACGACAAGAUACCUUCCCUCAACUCCCAGCAGACAUCCUUGUCGCACAAGCAAAUUUUGUCAAAGGAGGCUGCAUCCUUGCAGUAGACCUCAACCAUUGCUGCUUGGACGGUGUUGGAGCCAUCCUUGCCCUCAAGGUUUGGGGUGAGAAGUGCAGGUUCUUGCAAGGGGACACUUCCGCGAACUGUGACUGGUACGACACUGAGAGUUUCAAUCAUAGCUUGCCUGAGAUAUUGCAUGAUCUCGAGGGCUAUGCAAAGCCGGUGCAAGAGGUUGACCCGGAUAUCUGGGGCUUCUUACCGUUCGUCCCUACCGACGACCAGAAAGAGGCAGGAUCACACGAGAAGCGAUCGGAUCAUCGAAGCCUUGGGAAGCCGCCAGUGUACCAACUACACCCUGUCUGGCCAUUGCCCCCAACUCAGAGGAGACUAGACACUACCUUAUUCUUGAUCCCACCAGAGAAGGUGCAGCGGCUGAAACGGGACGUCAUGACUGAUCCGGAAACAAACGGCACGAUAACAUCAGUGAGCGACAUCGUGCAAGCAUUCUUUUGGCGAGCAGCAGUGAAAGCACGCUAUGAUGUUGCCACGAAGUUGAACGAGGAAACAUUCGAGUCGAACGAAAUGUCUAUCCUCGAGCUGCCGACAGAUGGCCGGCCUUUCUUCUCUUCGUCAUUGCCAUCGACGUACAUGGGCAGCAUGCUCAUCCUAAACCGUGCGAGUAUGCCGGUGAAAGAGCUGAGCUCUUCUGAAACUAGUAUUGGGCGCGUCGCUCUCAUGUUGCGAGAGGCCGCUUCACGAAUCACGCCGUCCGUCGUACAUGAUGCCUUUACAGUACUCAAAUCCUUGCCGGACUAUAGCAGAUUUUCGACAGCCAACAUGGGCAUUGCGCACAUGCAUACCAUGAUAUCGAACAUGAUCAUGUUUCAGACAACCGAGAUCAACUUCGGUAACGGUAUUUUUGGCAAUGGAGGGUCUCCAGUCACGAUGAGGCCGCAGCUUGAGCGAGCAAGUGGUCGAUUCCGUUUCUUAGUCAUCUUUCCGAUGAAGGAAGAUGGGGGAGUCGAGUUGGUCUUGGGUACCUUCCCCGAAGAGCGGGAGAUGCUCAUGGAGGACUCAGAGUUUAUGAGCUAUGCAGAGCUCAUUGACCCGCUAUCAGACGAGAACCUCCCAAACGCCAAUGCUCAAGCAGGAAUCCAGAAUAUCGAAGCCACUACCGUCGCAUGGACCAAGAACGCCCUCAUUGUGGCCUACGUGCUACUAUGGGUCAUUUAUUUCGUCGAGACACUGCUUGGUGGUGUAGUGGGCGCCUUGUUGCCAUACAUCACAUCUGCUUUUGCCCUUCACUCUCUCACGCCGACCGUCAGCAUCAUGAGUAGUGUCAUUGGAGGCGUUACGAAUCUUACUCUCGCUAAGAUUCUGGAUGUCUUUGGUCGUCCCCAGGGCUACUUGUUCUGUAUCUGUAUUGCUGUCAUCGGUCUCAUCAUGAUGGCUGCCUGUAAUGGAGUCGAAGCGUACGCAGCUGCCAUGGUCUUCUACACUGUCGGCAACAACGGUGUCCAGUACACCAUAUCCGUCUUCGUGGCUGAUACAUCCUCACUCCGGAGUCGAGGUCUGAUGCAGGCAAUUGUUACCUCAUCCAGCCUCAUCACCUGCUGGCUAGCAGGACCUGUAGCUCAGGGUUUCCUCAGCGGUCCUGGCUGGCGAUGGUGCUUCGGCAUGUUCACCAUACUUGUGCCUGCCGUAACCCUUCCGCUUUUCGGCUUGCUACUGAACAACUACUUGAAGGCCCGGAGACUUGGCCUGAUUCCUAAACGCGAAAGCAAUCGCACUGCCCUCCAAUCCUUGUCGCACUACUGCCGCGAGUUCGAUGCGGUCGGUCUCCUCCUCAUAUCUGCUGGCGUUGCCCUCUUUCUCUUGCCCUUCAACCUUUAUACGUUGCAAGCACGAGGGUGGAACUCGCCUCUUGUCAUCAGCAUGCUUGUUGUGGGCAUCGUAUUGAUCAUCGCCUUCGUCUUUUGGGAGAAGUAUUUCGCCCGCAUUACCUUCAUGCCGUAUACACUGCUUCUGGAUCGGACCGCUUUUGGCGCGUGCCUUCUCUCCGCAACGCUGUUUCUGAGCUACGUGCUAUGGUUCAGCUACCUCAGUUCUUUCCUGCAGGUCGUAAAGAACUUGUCCGUGGAGCAGGCAAGCUACGUGGUUCAGAGCUAUACUGUCGUGGGAGUGUUGUGCGCAAUCUCCGUCGGAUUCGUCAUCCACAAGACUGGACUGUUCAAGCCAGUCUGUCUUUACUUCGGUAUUCCAAUCAGUGUCUUCGGCUUGGGUCUUAUGAUUCAUUUCCGUCAUGCGGAUGGAAAUGUAGGUUACAUCGUUAUGUGCCUGAUUUUCAUUGCGAUGGGCCAAGGAGUAGUCGUCAUCUGUGCAGAAAUUGCAAUCUUGGCUGCCGCGUCGCAUGUACAUGUCGCAGUCUCCAUCGCGGUUCUCGGCGUUUUCAGCAGUAUCGGCUCUGCGAUCGGAUCUACAAUCGCCGCUGCGAUCUGGCAAGACAUGAUGCCUGCGAAACUGAUGCAGUAUCUGCCUGUUGAGGAUCUCGAAAACUUCGUCAUGAUUUACGCAGACAUUACAACCCAAUUGUCGUAUCCAGUCGGCUCUCCAACUCGCAUUGCAAUUCAAAAUGCCUAUGAGGAUACGCAAUUGAGAUUGUUGACGGUUGCUGUUGCAGUCUGGGCUGUUGCGUUUGUCGCUGUUCUUAUGUGGCGUAACAUCAAUGUCACAAAUAUCAAACAAACUAAGGGACACGUGUGGUAG